GCAAGUGGCGCCAAACCGCGAAAUUCCAUCGCACACCUCAUCACAAUAAUAAAAAUAACAACUAGUCGUAAUUAAUACGGUCAUCGGCGGUGGAAAAGUCUCACCCCCGCGUGGUGACGCCCGUACAAUGCAUAACAGAACCGACUCGCUCAAGGUCUCGGUCCACCACUACUUUACGGCGCGUCCCGUUUUUUUCUCCGUUUUUGAUUUUUUAUACGUGUUAUUGGCGUGCCAUGCGUGACCGACGUUGUUGACCGCCGUCCAGUGUCGCCGCGACGUCCGAUCAUGUGUACAUGUCCGGACAGCUACCACAGCCGGUUCGUCGGGAAAACGUGAGCAAGAGAUAUGCGCAAAGCGCUUUCUGUCGCCAUAGCCGUCGUCGUCGUUUUUCUCAGUUUAUCGGUGUCGUUCAGUGCAAGUCGUCCUUGGCACAGCUCGUCAACGGAUAAGUGUGAGACGUCCACGACGGCGUAUGUGGACUAUAGUGACCCAUCUACGUGGGAUGAAACGGAACAACCGUCGACUUAUCAGCAUUCCGAGCAGACCUACGAGCGACCUGAGCAAGAGUACGAGGAACCCGAAAAAAUAUACGGAGAACCAGAAAAAGUUUACGGUGAACCCGAGAAAGUGUACGGAGAACCGGCAAAAGUAUACGGAGAACCAGCAAGAAUUUACGGACAGCCCGAAAAGGUAUACGGAGAACCCGCAAAGGUGUAUGGAGAACCUGCGAAAGUAUACGGGCGUCCCGAGGAAAACUAUGAGGUGAACGAAGAAAUUAGCGUGAAGAACAACGGCAGAACACGUGACAUACAAGAGACCACCACCGCCGUUGAACCCGUAGAGAACAAAAAAAGUGGGUUCAUCGUGGACGGCGAAAAUUACCGAAAGUACAGAGUAGAAGAAGAAACCGCCGACGGAUUCAUAGUGGGCGAAUAUGGAGUGGUCAGUCACCGAGACGGCAUAACAAGCGGCGUUCGGUAUACCGCUGACAGCAGCAUAAGUCCUAGUGUAAUUUACGAUGCGUUGGCCAAGUUUUUGACGCUUAAACGCUAAGGGAGUCCUCUUUGAGACUGAUUAGAAAAAACAAAUGUUUGAUUUUUUACUUAUAAAAUUUCUAGUCAGACUACUAAAUUUAUUGCACAGCGACCGGUAUAGUUAUUGAAGCUGUACUUGCUCGCCAUCACGUGCCAUGCUACCGAUUAUGUUUUUUUUUUUUUAUCUGAGUGCUAUCAACUAUUCAUCACAAAAAGAGAAAUAUUUAUCUUUUCUUUUUUUUUACUAGGUCUUUGAAAAAAUGACCAAUGAAUUUCAUUUAUUAUUUUAAACUCAAACAUCAAAAUGUAUAAAAUUAUCUUUUAAUUUCUAUUAUGUGAUAAGAUACUAAAUUAGUUAUUAAAUAUAUUACAACAUUAGCUCAAUUUAAAAAAAAAAAACUACCUAUAAUAAUAUUAUUUGUUGUUACAAAUAUUACUAUCCGUGUUUUUCAAACGUUUGUGUAAAGCACACUAUAUAUAACAUAAAACUGUAUUUUUCUUUUAAUUGAUGUUCUUAGUGUAGUGCAUUUGGCAGUGUACAUUAUUACUGAUAAAUAUAUGAUUUUUAUUGAUAAUAUUAGGAAUAUAUUUUACAUUAGGAGUAAUUAACUUGUAUUAUAACGAUACUCGAUAUUGUAAUAUAGUAAAUUUUACGAAGCAUAAAAUAAAAUUGGUUUUAUUCAAUACCUUUUGCGCUAUGUACGUAGUUCAAAUCAUAUUGUCCAGCAGUUUCUUGCCCUGUUGACCUGAAUUCGCAAUUUUUUCCAUAGUUGUCAACUUCAGGGAAACGUUAUUAUGCUCUUCUGACGAUAAAACUGCCAGUAGUAAUCUCGUUUAAAUUCAUGUGUAUACAUUUUGCGCAGAUAUUUCUCUCUUAUUUACUUGUAUGCAUCGUAUCACUAUCGCAGUACAUCGCACCGUGUAAAGAUUUUCCUUUUUUUAUUGAUUAACUACGCGCCAUAGAAAUUGAGUUCGAUUUUCACGGUGAGAAUGUAUGUACAAGUGAGUGUCUGUGUAUGAGUGUGCAAAGAUGACGAAAACGCAGUCACAACGACCUCAAUGGGUGUCAUUGCCGCUAUAAGUCAAAAAUUAAUAUCAGAUGACGUGCACUAUAAAAAAUGAUCCGAAAAUAUAAUAUUUUUAUUACUAUUUAUCGAAAAUGUCCUAUACAUUGUAUACGUUAUAAACUUCUAGUAUAAAUAUGUGAAAUUCGGACAUCACUUUUAAAAGAGUAGUGCAGUAGAAGAUUCAUAGGAAAUUUUUUUUUAAAUAAUUAGAAAAAUAAAAAUUUCAUGAACUAGUAUAUAGAAAGAUUCUGUUUCUUGACUAAACUGUUUAAUAUUUUGCAUAGUUUUGAGAGA